AUGGCCUCUGUAGACGAGCUUAAAGCUCUGGGCAACAAGGCUAUCGCUGACAAGAAGUUUGACGAAGCCAUUGAUGCCUUCACCAAGGCUAUCUCCAUCGACCCAAACAACCACAUUCUUUACAGCAACCGUUCCGCUGCCUACGCUUCUAAGAAGGACUGGACAAAUGCUCUGAAAGAUGCCGAGAAGACAACUGAGCUCAAGCCGGACUGGCCGCGAGGAUGGGGCCGCAAGGGCGCAGCCUUACACGGCUCCGGUGACCUUCUAGGUGCCAGCGAUGCCUACGAAGAAGGUCUUAAGCUCGACCCUAACAAUGCUGGCUUAAAAAGCUCUCUCGCUUCCGUCCAGCGAGCGAUGGAACAAGAGGCCGGUGCUGGCUUCGGUGGUGACCCAACAGGUGGACUUGGCAAGAUGUUUAGCGAUCCUAAUCUUCUUCAGAAGCUGAUGAACAACCCAAAGACCAGUGGCUUCCUCGCUGAUCCAUCAUUCAUCGCAAAAAUCCAGGCUAUACAGAAGAACCCCCAAAACACUCAAGAGUUGUUCAGCGACCCUCGAAUGAUCCAAGUACUAGGAGUUUUGAUGGGUAUUGACAUGCAAAUGGGAGGCCCUGACGAUAUUCCUGGCGCUACCGCUGCCGCUGGCGCGUCUUCGGGAGCUAAAGAGGCGGAGGAGGACGUCGAAAUGCCAGACGCCGCUGCGGCUGGUUCCAAUGCCCAAUCUAAGCCCGAACCUGCCAAGGCCCCUGAACCUGAGCCUGAACAUGAAUUGGAUGAGGAAGAGAUUGCCAAGAGAAAGGCAAAGGAGGAGGCUGACAAGGAGAAGGCGCUGGGUACUGAAAAUUACAAGAAGCGUAAUUUCGACGAAGCCAUAAAGCACUAUACUAAGGCUUGGGAGUUGCACAAGGAUAUAACAUAUCUCAACAACCUUGGUGCUGCUUAUUUCGAAAAGGGUGACUACCAAGCUUGCAUUGACACCUGCACUAAGGCUAUCGAAGAAGGCCGUAUGAUUUAUGCCGACUUCAAGACGAUUGCUAAGUCGUACGCGCGCAUUGGUUCAGCCUACGAGAAGCAAGGAAAUCUCGCGGCCGCCAUCGAAAAUUACCAGAAGUCCCUGACAGAGCACCGAACACCCGACACAGUGAAUAAGCUCCGCGCCGCCGAGCGCAGAAAGAUUGAAGAGGCCAGGAAGGCCUACAUCGACCCGGAAAAGGCCGAGGAAGCCCGAGAGGAAGGAAAUAAGAAAUUCAAGGAGCAGGACUUCCCCGGCGCUGUUGCGGCAUACUCUGAGAUGAUCAAGCGUGCCCCGGAUGAUCCUCGUGGAUACAGCAACCGUGCUGCCGCCUUUGUUAAGCUGUUCGAGUUCCCGAGUGCCCUCGAUGACUGCAAUGCGGCUAUCAAGAAGGAUCCCAAGUUCAUCAGGGCGUAUAUUCGCAAGGCGCAGAUUUACUUCGGCAUGCGAGAGUACUCCAAGUGUAUCGACGCUUGCAACGAGGCUACCACGGUGGACAGCGAGUAUCACAACAACGCCAAUGCCCGGGAGAUCGACCAGCUGCAGCAAAAGGCUCUGCAGGCUAUGUACUCCGCCCGAGAGAAUGAGACUGAAGAGCAGACUCGGGAGAGGUUGAUGAAAGACCCGGAGAUCAUGAGCAUCAUGCAGGAUCCUGUUAUGCAAUCCAUUCUCCAGCAAGCCCAGUCCGACCCCGCGGCGCUGCAGGAACACAUGCGCAAUCCUAAUGUCCGUUCUAACAUCCAGAAGCUUAUUGCGGCUGGCGUGAUCCGAGUUGGACGAUGA